GAUGGAUCCGCCUCCAGCAAAAAAAGCUCGCCUUACGACGGCAUGUAAUGAAUGUCGACGGCGGAAGGUCAAAUGCGACGCCAACUAUCCGAAAUGUUCAAACUGCUGCACUAGGAACUCCGAAUGCUUCACCAGUGACCCCAAAAGACCAGAUGUCCCAGUCAUCCGCGAGUGGGUCGAAGUCCCAGAGAAACCGACUGCUCAAGGUCAGCCCUUACUCGCAGCGCAAAGUCACCUUACGACAAUACCUUCGGAACCGGAUGGAUCUAGACGCGAUAUUCUUGGACCGAACCACCUUCAAUCCAACAUUACGCAACAUCAUGUAACUUCUCCUCCAACACAUAACAAUCACACGCCAACCGUCAAUGGCAAUUUAGGAACCCCUGUCCUUACAGAGACGACGGAUGUCUCGCCAGUUCAACAGCCACAUGACAUGACUUUCAAUCUCGACUUUGUGAACAACAGGUUCAAGAUGCUAGGCGCCAGUAGCGGUCAAUGCUUGACCAAAUCACUGGAUGUCUACCUCAAGUCCUACAACGUAGAACCAGUUUCUGCCUUGUUUCGGCACGGCAUGCAGCACGCCGAGGAGAUGGAUCUGCCUCUAUCACUCGACUUGAUACCGUUCCCGGACUACAGCACAAGACAGACCUUCAUGGAUGCCUACUUUACUCGUAUACAUGUAUACUAUCCCGUCACCGAUAUUGAUGAGACCAAAGCCAUGGUCCAUCGGAUAGCGCCACUGCCAGAUCUCAAGUCUGUGUCGUACACCAAGGUUCCAUUCCUCGCGAUAGCUUAUCUUCUGAUGAGUAUAGGCGCGGAUGAGGUGAAUGGUGGUCCAUCAGAACUUGGCACGAGAUAUCUGAAGGUUGGCGCGAUACUCGCUGGUCAUGCCGUCAACUAUCCCUACUUGACCACAGUACAAUCUCUUCUCCUCCUUGCUAUAUGUUACCGAGGCCGCAACAAAGAUGGUCUAGGCUGGGCAGCUACUGGAUCAGCGAUCAGGAUUGCGCAAUCUAUGGGAUUGCACCGACACUCUGCUGUGAGACCGUCAGAUCAGCAUGGCAUCCAACGACGAGACCAACAGCUCUUUCAUGCUCGCAUUUGGGCAAUUUGUUGCUGCUUGGAAAAGACAGCCCAACUCGAAUGUGGAAGACCAUCUGCCAUCAGCGUGGUCAACACGGACCAAAUGAUGUUGGAAGAACAAAAAGCCCCGGGGCACGACUAUCUAGCGUUCAACAUGGCUCUCGCAGAAGUGCAGCAUGAUAUAUCCAGACAUCUGUAUGAACAUCAGCCUGGUGAAAGAACGGCAAAACAAAUCUUGCUGGACACUGCUCGCCUGGACAAGAAACUUCUACUCUGGCCCAAUCUAGUGCCUGCCGAACUCCGCCCGGGUAACGAUAUCCUUUGCGGAGAUAAUCAAUACCAUCUUGCUGCAAUCAUGUCUUUCCAAUAUCACCAAGCUGUCAUUGCUGUACACCGAGCUGCGUUGAUUCAGCCCUUGGCAGCUCUACAGCGCGAGAUCGACAAGGUCCUGCCCGAUAAUGACGCUCGAUACAGACUCAAGGGUGGCGAAGCAAUUUGUGUCAGCAGCGCCAGAGCAGUUGCCAGGAUCACAAUCGAGCUGCUGGAAAGGAAGAUUGACUCGCGCCUCUUAAGUGCUGGGCCUGCUUUGUUGGCAUGUGUAGUGCUUGCUACAUAUAUCGUCAAGAAUCCAGGAGGCAGAAUGCAGCUUUCAGAUAUAGAGCUACUCAAAGCGGUCGCUGAAUGGACGUCUGGUCAAUUCCGAAAGACUGGCAUGGACGAAGAUUUUUCCAAUAUGUCUGUCACGGUGGAAGUCAGCACAAACCANNAAUGGACAUCGCACAAUCAUCAAGCAAACGACUUCCGCAGUAAUUUGGGAAACUCAAGCAGCACAACAAGUCUUAGCAACCACACCAACAAUACCAAUCAAGUCAACAACAACAACAACAAAAACAAUGACAAUAUGAUACAACCCUCACCGAUCAACUACCACACAUCGAGCAGCAGCGGACAAAGCCNAUCAAGCAGGUGUAUCAGGAACUCCUCGCCCGCAUCCAAUAUACUGAACCGCGAACAUUCUACAAUGCAGAUCGCCAACGUUCUGCUUGAUAAUGCAAGUCAUACCACUGCAAUAGGCAGUAUUGACGACAUUCCCGAUAUCAGUGCUUUGCCGUUUGAGGGCUACAAUCUCGAAGAAUUGUGGGACUGGAUGGAUUCAGGCGGUGAUGUUGGAGGAUUUGAGAACAUCGACUGGACCAACGGCACUGGAUUUGAAGAUCAU